AUGUUCUCUAAUCUUUCCAGUUUCAACAGCAGUAAUAGCGCUCGUCCUGGUGCCCCGCAGUACGGGCAACCCUCCUACCUGCAGCAGAAUCAGCAGAACGGCCUUGCACCUCAACCCACCGGCUAUGGCCAGCUCCCUCUACAACAACAGUUCACGGGCUUUCCGGGCCAGCAGCAGCAGAAUUUUCAAGCCCCUCCACAACAGCCCCAGUAUACAGGCUACUCUCAGCAGCAAUCACAGGCGCCAAAUACCUCCCAACAGCAGCAAUACCAACCUGGACAGCUUGCCCCACAACCCUCCGCCCCUUUGAAGACGGAUCAGGCCAAGUUUGAGCAGCUGUUCAAGUCAGCCGUUGGAGAUGGUCAAGCACUCGAUGGUGAGAAAUGCAAAGAUUUGUUGCUUCGAUCGAAUCUUCCGGGCGCCGAUCUGAUGAGAAUAUGGACUCUCUCCGAUACGACAAAAUCGGGCCAACUACUCUUUCCAGAAUUCGCUUUGGCCAUGUAUCUCUGCAAUUUGAAGCUGGUUGGAAAGGAUCUUCCGCAACUACUUCCAGAGAAAAUCGCGAAUGAGGUCUCUAGCAUGGUGGACAUUAUCUCUUUUGGAGUGCCUGACGACCGACCUUCAGAGCCUACGCAUACAAACGCCCCAAAUUUCAGUGGUCUAGCUGGUUCGAAUGCGGCACCAAGUAUCCAUCAGCCUCAGCCACAAGCAUCCAAUAGUCAGCUCUUAUCUCAGAUAACUUCUCAGCCCACAGGCUUUGCGGCUCAAUACAUCCCUCCCCAGCCUACCGGGUUUGGAAACCAGCAACAGGGCUCCUUGUCACAGCCUUCGGGCUUUCAGCAGCAAUCAAAUAGCUUCCAACAAAAUCCCCAAGCGACGGGUUUCCAAGGACAGCGGCCCCCUUUGCCGCCGAUGCCGGCUUCGUUUGGAUCAAACCUUUCGCCCUCUCAGACUGGGCAGCAGACUGCCCUUCCUCUCAACGCACAGCCUACAGGUCGUCCCGGGCAAUGGGGCCUCGUGAACGCACCAGCCACAGGAUUACCCAAUAUAGAAGCCCUACAGCAGAGAAUGAUGCCUCAACCUGGGCGAGAAGGAGGGUUCACAACUGCAGGAUUGGCUGGAAGCGCCACAAUACCUUGGGCUGUCACCAAAGACGAGAAGAAGAUAUACGAUCAACUCUUCAGAGCUUGGGAUGGCUUAAACAGAGGUUUUGUUGGAGGGGACGUGGCUAUCGAAGUAAUGGGCCAGAGCGGACUGCCCAAGUCUGACCUUGAGAGGAUAUGGACAUUGUCUGAUCCAAACAACAGAGGCAGGCUCGACAUGGACGAGUUUGCAAUUGCGAUGCAUCUGAUUUACAGAAAAUUAAAUGGCUACCCAGUACCCAAUCAGCUUCCUCCAGAGCUUGUACCGCCCUCCGCAAGAAAUCUAUCGAGUUCAAUCGACACAGUCAAAUCACUUCUCUCGCAAGAUGCAGAAACGCGAAAGACAUCAGGCGCUUUCCUACAGCCACAAAAGACUGGGGUCAGUUAUAUGAAAAAUCAUUCUUUCCGCACUGAAUCAAAUGGUAUCAUCCCGGGAAGAAAAGACGCGACAAUUUUCAGGCACAACGAUGAUGCUGUUGGUUACAAAUCUAGUGCAAGGAGACGAUUUGGUGCUGACGGCCGGACGCCUUCGCCAGCACAAUCAGCUUCGCCAGUUUCAGAAAGGUCAACAGAUGAGCUUUCGAUCGAGCAACUAAGGAAGAACAUUCACGAAAAACAGGUCUUGCUGGAUGCUAUGGAUUUCAAAGACGAAAAUGCUAUCGAGGAGGAGGAUGCCCUAGAUCGGCGAGAUCGAAGGGAAGCUGAAGACCUAUACAAACGCAUACGGCGGACUCAAGAGGAAAUCGAUUCCCAUCCCAAGGCGACUGUUCAAAGCUCUGACUCAGGCACAGAACGGCGGAAUCUGAAACGUCAGCUACAGAGAUUCUCCGAUAAGCUUCCUGAAUUGGCAUCUCAGGUUCGAAAGACGGAACGUUAUGUAUCAGAGGCCAAGCUUGAGCUAUUCCGAUUGAGGGACGCAAAAGCACAUCCAGACACUGCAUCCGCAAUUGUAGGAACAGGACCCAGAGGGACCGUUACCGAAGGCGACCGCUUGAAAGCUCGAGCAAAGGCAAUGAUGCAACAACGAUCGGCAGCCUUGAUGGGUAAGAGUGCGCCAGCCGGUGACGGCGACGCCGAUUCCGCAGCACGUAGGCUGGAAGAAGAAAGCUCAAAGGCAAAAACUGAGCGGGAAACUAAUGAACGCAUGAUAAAGGACGUCGAAGAUAGUGUAAGGGAUUAUUCUCGUACUCUAGAAGACAAUUUGGCAGAGGGUAGCGAGGAUUCAACUACAGAACAUGAACGCAGGAGGUGGGAAGAUGGUUUAGGGGUGGAAGACGAAGUUCGCGAAUUCAUCUUUGAUUUGCAGAGAAGCAGCCGUGCCGCAAGAAUUCGUAAUCAAGAACGCGGACGGCAUAGUACUUCAGCACAAGACAUUUCGCCAGAUCGUGGUACUUCUCGUGACCUGACACCAACGAGACAAAACAAAGAGCCCGAUAGGCGAGAUCCAACAACGUCUUCUAAUGUGUCUUUGGGUGGCUCGUAUGCCUCAUACAAGAGUGCCGAAGACCGAGCAGCCUUCAUCAAACAACAAGCAGAACAGCGUAUGGCAGAGCGUCUUGCAGCCUUAGGACUGAAAGCUCCUGUCAAGUCAAGCGAAUCUACCCUUCAGCGGCAAGAGCGUGAAACGAAGGAGCGCCAGGAACGCUUACGCCAAGCGGAAGUAGAAGACACUAGACGAGAAAGUGAGAGACAGCGAAGACUGGAGGAUGAACAACCUAUCGUCCCGGAUAUGAGCAAGCCCAUGAAAAAGCCUCCGCCGGCGCCUCCGGUGCGGAAGAAUAGAGCGGACAGCGCUGCUCAACGAGCUGAGGCUAAACGAAGGGAAGAGGACUUACAGAAAGAGCAAGCAGAAAAGGAGGGCAUGGAGAAAGCAAUCAAGGAUCAGCAACAAGCCCAGGCAUCACAGACCCGAGCUAUGGAGGAUGAAGCAAAGCGCCAAGAGGAUGAGUUGGAGAAGGAACGCCAAGCUUCGCAAGCGCGAUUGAAGGCUUUGGAGGAGCAAGUGAAACAAGGGAAAAUGAAGAAGCAGGAAGAAAAGCGGAAAAAGCAGGCAGCGGAAAAGGAAGCCAAGGAAAAAGAAGCGAAACUUACUUCUCAGCGAGCAGAAUUAGAGUCUGCCAGAGAAAGAGAAAGGCAACUUGAGCUACAAUUAGAGAGCAUAGGUGAUGACUCGUCUGAUGAAGAAGGCCCGCAGGAAAUCACGCCGCAAGAAACGACUCCAACAAGCAGCCAAGUCUUGUCAAGAGACGGCAGCCAGCAACCUGGUGGGCAAUCUGGCGGUCUACAGGGUGUAAGCGAAUCUGAGGCUCCUAUCAGCUCGGCUCCCACAAUGGCGCAUGCUCCUCCACCUGCACAAGCAUCUUCAGCAGUGUCCGAGGCUUCUCAGCGUUCUUCGUUCAGCGUGGAGUCAAGGAAUCCCUACCUCAAGAGAAUGAGCCAGCCCCCUGAGCCAACAGCAAACUCGUCGUCUGUUUCGUCCCCGCCCGCCGCUGAAUCAAACAAUCCUUUCCAUAAACUUGCCCAGCAGCAAGAAGCUGCAAAAUCUCAGACAUUGCCUCCACUAAGUUCUACACCAACCGGCAAUCGCCCAUCUCGUGUCCGGCCUGAAGAAGACGAAUGGACGGUGGAUUCGACGUCAUCCUCCGACGAUGAAGAACAGCCAGAUAGACCAACGGGCGGCAGCGCAAAACAAUUGGCCUCAAUAUUGUUUGGCACGAUGGGGCCGCCAAGGCCCACGUCGGCAAUGGAAGACAAGAAGUCGGUCGAUAGCCCUAUGAGCCCAGCGCCACCUACACCGAGCACAGGAGCUGCCGCAUCUCCUCCGCCUCCGCCCGCUAUGCCCGGGAGCUUCGAUGCAAGUAGCAGUGAGGCACCAAUAGCGCCUCCGCCUCCGCCUCUGCCUACAGCUGCGGCGCCGGCUGCUCCACCACCACCUCCUCCUCCACCUCCGGGAAUCGCUCCACCGGCUCCUCCUCCGCCCACACUUCCGACGGGGUCUAGUGAUACAGGUCGCGCCUCAGGAGGCCUCGCUGAGCGGAGCGGCUUGCUUGGAGCUAUUCAGAAGGGUACAGGCCUGAAGAAGGUGCAGACGAAAGACAGGAGUGUAGCUAGCACAGCCGGGAGAGUUCUUGAUUGA